AUGGUUCUCCUCAGCACACUUCUUCCACUCGCCCUGGCGAUUUUCUCCGUCGAUGCGGCAAAGAUCCUGUCCGCGGCCCCCGGCGUAAAGACCGUCCCCAAUGGAUACAUCGUGGUGAUGAAGGAUGGCGUCUCCAGCCAGGACUUCGAUUCUCACCGUAACUGGGUGACCCAGCUCCACCAUGAACGUCUCGCCCGCCGUGGUUCUACCAACGUUGGCGGAAUGCGUCACACCUACAAGACUACCCUCAAAGGCUACUCUGGCACCUUCGACGAGGAGACAAUCCAAGAGAUUGCGAACCGCGAUGACGUUGCAUUUAUCGAGCGUGACCAGAUCAUGACGAUCAACGAAAUCGAAACCCAGCCCAAUGUGCCAUCCUGGGGUCUUGCCCGUGUUGGUUCUAUGCGCCCUGGCGGCACCGAAUACCACUAUGACUCUACCGCUGGGGAGGGUGUCACUGCCUAUGUUAUCGACACUGGUAUUGAUAUCGACCACCAGGACUUCGGUGGACGUGCUAAAUGGGGUGUCAACACCGUUGACAACAUGGACGAGGAUUGCAAUGGCCACGGCACUCACGUCUCUGGCACCACUGCUGGAACCACCUUCGGUGUUGCCAAGAAGGCGAACCUGAUUGCUGUCAAGGUUCUUGACUGCAACGGAAGCGGAAGCAACUCCGGUGUCAUCAUGGGAAUGGAAUGGGCUACCGAACACGCCCAACAAACCGGCGCUGACAAAUCUGUCAUGAACAUGAGUUUGGGCGGUGGUUUCUCCCAGGCUACCAACCAAGCUGCUGCCGCAAUUGUCCAAGCUGGCGUCUUCCUUGCCGUUGCUGCCGGUAACGACAACCGAGAUGCUCGCAGCUUCUCCCCGGCCUCUGAGCCAUCAGUUUGCACUGUCGCUGCCUCUACGAGACAAGACGGCAAGGCUUCCUUCUCCAACUUUGGGCAAGUCGUUGAUGUCUAUGGUCCUGGUGCCGAGAUCAUCUCUGCCAGGGUUGGCGGUGGCUCUAUGACCUUGUCCGGAACUUCCAUGGCCUCUCCCCACGUCGCUGGUCUUGGUGCUUAUCUCAUCGGCCUUGGCCGUGGCUCUGGUGGCUCGCUCUGCAAUACCAUCAAGGAGAUGGCUCAGCCAGUUAUCCGCAGCCCUGGCAGCAACACCACCAACCGCCUCAUCUACAACGGCAGCGGACAAUAA